AUGGAUAGAAAGUCUGCUAGAAUAAAAGCAGAGUUACAAAGAUAUGGUUGGAGAGUUUCGAAGAAUUUUAAAUAUAGGAAGGGAAGACCCAUAAAAGUCUAUGACAAAUUGUCUGGUCUUCGCUACGAAAUGGAUUUGGAAACAGCACGUGCCAAUUAUCCAAACAGACUAGAGAGGUUAGAAGAAGAACGUCUUAUGGACAUGCCUUUCGAUGUUAGUGAACCUCAAGUUGAAGGACACGACGGCUUUGCCAGAUUCUACUGGAAACAUGACGAACAAUUGCAUCCUUUGAGAAGGAAAAAAGGAAAAGGUGAAGACGCACAUGCUCCCAUGGAAAGAACAAGAUAUGCAUAUGAAAAGUAUCGUGAAGUUAGAAGUCAAAUUACAUCUGGUCGAACCUUUACAGUAAACUUUGACGAAGGAAAGAACAAAGAAGGCUUCAUGGGAGUACUUGCUGCAAUUCAAGACGGAAAUAAGAAAGGACACAAUCUCAGAUUGACCAUAACAGAUUUGGAUGGUCACAUUUACUAUGCACAUGGCAAUGAACAAACAG